AUGAUCAAGUACUUCCUGGUUGUACAAAUUUUGGUGAAAUUGAAAACAACAGAACCUGCUCCAUGCGAUGGCUUAAUAUUCCGAAACGAGUACUAUGACAAACAUACACUAUUCGAAGGCCUUGGAAGACCCAACAACUUAGUAAUGCAUAAGCCUUCUGGAAACCUCUUUUUUAGCCACACAAUUCAAAAUGGCUCUCACGUUGAUUUCGGGAUUAUGAUUUGUCACAUUGAAAGGAAGAUGUGCAGGGAUGUUCCGGGAGUUGCAGGGGGCUAUGCCAUUACCUGGGACCGUGGCAAUAACUACAUAUUCUUUGGUGGCCACGACGGUAUCUACGUUUACAAUUUUCUCACAAAUUCUGUGAAAUACUUUGCUGAAAAAGGCAAAUCUAUUUGGGGUUUGUUUGCUCGAAGAAACUUUUACUACAUACGAUAUCCAUCGCAGAAACUGUAUGUUUAUAAACGUAAAAAAUUUACAAUGGUACCUGAAGCCAGUAAAAUGGAGAUUGACAAUUUUUUUGUCACCCAGCAGUUUGCGAUUUACUUUUCAAACAAAACUGGCUUGUACAAAGUUCAAAAGCCACGUCUGAAACCAUUCGUUUUGAGACUUGGCAUUAAUGUGAGACAAAUAACGUACGAUGUUUACGGCGACAUAUAUUUUUGUACCAGCGAUGGAAUAUAUAUGGCAGAGAAACGGCGUCGAAAACUCAGGAAAGUAGCUAAUAUAAACGAUAUGUUUGGAAUGACUUUUCACAAGGCUGGUAAUUCGGAGAAAACUAGAAGAAAGAAUUAUGAAGUUAUAUAUUCAGAUAAAAAUAAUAUAUACAUAUUAUUACCGAGUGCAAGGGCAAAAAUCUGUAUGAAUUCUACCAUCAAAGCCACCAACCACAUGCCUCCCUUCACGUAUAUUUGGACCUUCCUACUUCUAUUAUCGAGUGCAACUCCUGAGCAUGACACGCAAUCAGUAAUCGAAUGUGACGGUCUCUUCUUUCGGGACGUUUAUUAUGAUAAACACAUUCUGUUUGAGAGCCAUGAGAAACCUUACAACUUGUUCUUUGACAGAUUUACGGGAGAGCUGCUUUUUAGUCACACAAUCCAGCGCGGCCGAGAAAUCAACUUCCAGAUAAUGACUUGUAACGUUAAAAAAGAAAUCUGCAGAAGCAUUGACGGAGUUCCUGGAGGAUACGCUAUUGGGUAUGAUAGACUUCAUGAUGAAUUUUACAUGGGAGGUCAUCAAGGUCUGUAUAGAUAUAAUAUUGAAACGCACCAAGUGAGAUAUUUUGCUGAAAGAGGUAAGUCAGUUUGGGGUAUAUUCAUCAGAAGAAACUUUUACUAUAUACAGCAUCCAUCACAACAACUUUACGUUUACAAGAAGAAGACAUUUAGAAAAGUACCUGAAACAAUAGGAAUAGAAAUUGAUAAUUUUUUCAUCACCAGAAAUUUCGUAGUGUACUUCUCCAAUAAAACUGGAUUAUUCAAAGCCAAGAUUAAUAAAAGAGAAAAGAAACCUUACAUAUUGGCUAAGGAAAUCGAAAUCAGACAAAUCACCGAAGACUUAUACGGCUUUGUAUAUUUCUGCGCAAGCGAUGGUAUUUAUGUAGAAGAUUUGAAUAACAAAAGUAUUAAAAGAAUAGCAAAUAUUGAUCAGCUUUUUAGUAUUACAUUUAUGGAUCAUUUUUAUUUAUCGCCGAAAAAAGAAUUCAAUCAAUUAGUUUAUUCAGACAAAUAUGCUAUUUAUGUACUCACACACAACAAUCACAGUUCCAUGUGUGCGAAACUCUAUAGAACAAGUGGUAUACAUAAACCUGUUAAAUUAGUGAAAGUUGUGCUCUAA